AUGUCACGGCUUCGUAAGGGUGUUCGAUUUCACCCAACUGAAGUGGAGUUACUCAAUUAUCUCAAAAGGUUCUUGAGGGGUCAAUCUUUACCGAGUCAAUGCCCUAUUCGGCUUGCGGAUAUCUAUGGAGAUCAACCUCCAUCGAUGAUUCUUGGAGAAGAGAAAGUAGGCUACUUUAUUUCACGGUUGAAGAAGCUGAAGAAUUCAGAUGAAAGGUUCCGUCGAACUUGCGCCAACGGGACUUGGACAGGCCAAACUAGUGGUAUACCUAUCGACAAUCCCAAGGGAACUGUUAUGGGCUUUAGAAGAAAUUUAAAAUAUACUAGUAAGGAAAAAAAGCUAGACCGUACUACUAGUUGGUUGAUGAGAGAGUACUUCGUGGGGGAUGAUUUCUUCAGGAAAAAUGAUAUUCCUAAGCAAGAUUUUGUAGUGUGCCGAAUCAAGAAAAUUAUAAAAGAGAAAAAGGUAAAGGAUGUUGCAGAAUCAACAAGAUGUUGCAGUUUUAAUUAUCGUUACGCCGCCUUAUACUCGUAA